AUGCAGGUGACAUUCUGCAGACUUCGGACUCACCAGUGGUGUUUCAUUCUAUUUAAUGUUAUCCUAUUUCAUGCCUUGCUUUUUGGGGCUGAUUUUGUGGAAGAAUACUUUUUGCGUGCUUUGCCUUAUGUAGAUAUGAAAGUUCUUGAAACAAAGGAUAAGGCAAGAAAAUUGAACGUGGAACCCCUAAGAAGUAACCUUUCCAAGCAUUAUAUCCUGAGCCAGUCGGAGGUGUGUAAAGGGAAGAAUAUAUUUUUACUCUCUCUUAUCUUCAGUAGCCCAGGAAAUGGAACAAGGCGGGACCUCAUCAGGAAAACCUGGGGUAAUGUGACCAGUGUCCAAGGGUACCACAUUCUCACACUGUUUGCUUUAGGAAUGCCUGUUUUGGUAACUACCCAGCAAGAGAUAGACAAAGAGUCCCAUAAGAAUAAUGAUAUAAUUGAAGGAAUCUUCUUGGACACUUCUGAGAACCAAACCCUGAAGAUCAUCACAAUGAUGCAAUGGGCUGUGACUUUUUGCCCUAAUGCCCUAUUCAUUCUCAAGGUUGAUGAAGAGAUGUUUGUCAAUCUUCCAAGUUUGGUAGACUAUCUUCUCAAUCUGAAAGAACACCUUGAGGAUAUCUAUGUGGGAAGAGUUAUCCAUCAGGAUACACCCAACAGAGACCCCAAUAGUCAAGAAUUUGUCCCUUUUAGCAAAUAUCCAGAAAAGUACUACCCAGAUUACUGCAGUGGUGAAACCUUUAUUAUGUCCCAAGAUGUGGCUCGGAUGAUGUAUGUGGUUUUCAACGAAGUACCCAUAAUGGUUCCUGCUGAUGUGUUUGUAGGGAUUUGUGCCAAGUCCAUUGGCCUUAUACCCAUCCACAGUUCAAGGUUUUCUGGGAAAAAGCACAUCAGAUACAACAGAUGUUGCUAUAAGUUCAUUUUUACAUCCUUGGAAACUACAGAUGCUGAAAUACCCCUGGCAUGGGAGGAAAUUAGCAGUGGGAAAGAAUGCACUCUGUUUGAGACUUACUAUGGGCUCAUUUCCUGCAAACUUCUGACAUACCUUGACAGCUUUAAACGUUUUCACAUGAAUACCGUAAAAAACUAUGACAUGUAUUUUGGUGAUUAG